CACAGGUCGGUUGCUCUGACCUAGUGGAUCCAAGCCGCCUAUUUCGUUUCUGGUCAUGACCAUGGUAAAGUCGGCCGUAAAGAAGGGACGAAAAAGAUUGACUCACCAAGAGGAUCCGAAAAUUAGGGAUGGAGUUAGUAAACUUAGAGAGAAAUUAACAAGCAGACAAAAACAAAGGCUUAAGAAGCGUUUUCUGCAAUCUGACGAACUUCUUGAAAAUACGACGCCUCAUAAGUCAUCUGACAGUGUGCCUGCGACUCAAAGUGGAUUUUUUGAGAAUGACGGUGACGAAGUUAUGGUUGAUGAUUUCGGACGUUUAUCGGAUUUGGAAGAAGACAUUGAGACAAACGCGGAUUCUUUAGAACCUGUAAAUGAAAAAGAGGAUAUGAUAACAAACCUCGCUUCCGAAGAUGCGUUUGGAAAGCCUGCAAUGGAUUCCAGUACAUUAGACCAACGCAUUCGGAACUGGCUUUAUAUUCUCUCCGAUUUCAAAAACAGAGCACCUGCAGACCUCAAUAGGAGUUUGUGUGUUCGGACUCUGAUAAGCGACUUAUGUUCUCGCUAUUCGUACAACCAGUUCCUUAUGGUGAAACUUCUUGAUUUGUUUCCCAAAGAGAUUGUUGAGGUUUUAGAAGCUAAUGAAGUCGACAGGCCAGUGACCAUUCGCACAAACACCUUAAAGACACGUCGCAGGGAAUUGGCUCAAGCUUUAAUAAAUCGCGGUGUAAACCUUGAUCCUUUGGAACCGUGGAGCAAAGUUGGACUUGUUGUUUAUUCAUCACAAGUACCAUUAGGCGCAACACCAGAAUAUCUUGCCGGCCAUUAUAUACUUCAGGGAGCUAGUUCUAUGCUCCCUAUAAUUGCCUUGUCUCCUCAGUUAGGCGAGCGUAUCUUGGAUUUGUGUGCUGCGCCUGGUGGGAAAACAACUUACAUUGAAGCAAGAACAACGAUUUAAGCAACAUAUAAGUUUGUCAUUCUUAUAAGCUAUCCGUAAUCCUCAGCAUUCUGACGUCAAAAUAAUAAAGUUCAGCAUACUUGUGAGAAUUGGUUUCUGUGCUCACCGUUGAUGACUAUUGCAUAGAUAUUUUGUCAGUCUGCAUUAAAGAUCUCACUAAUUCUGAGUUCGUGCGAGCUCGCAGUUCAACAAAUUAAUUUGUGCUCCAUAUCAAAACACCACAGGUUUUAUGCAACAGCUUCUUAACGUGCCAUUUCUCUAAACAUUUAAGUAUGCAACCUCGUGAUCUCCUGAUUGCUGUUGUAAAUGAUCGUCACCUAUAAAACCAGCUUAUAAAAAUUACUUUUUGCACUUUUCGGAUAACCAAGGACUACUCUUCGUAUGCUGUGUCAGAACUAACCCGAAGUACUUUGUUACUACUGACUUUUCAUUUCAGCUACUCUAAAUUUUCUUUAGGAAUUUCAUUAUCCUGUGCUGGUAUAAUGUGUCAAACCCAACUGAUGCACUUAGGUGCUAGGUUUUACAUUGCCUGGAACUGACUGGUACGUAUACAAUUUAAGCUAAUCAUCAGUGUACACACAUUAAUUUAGUAGCAGUAUAUUAUUUAAACGAAUUUUUGGUAAAUGGACUCGAGUAGUGAAGUAAGAUCAUUGAACAAGCUGGAGUUCAUUAUUUUGAUACUUAACUGCUAUGGAUGAUAACAAAAACUUAUUGAAACCAAGUUUUUCCAUGUUGUCUUACCUAAGUUGUAAUAAUUAUUUUAGUUAUCAUCCAGAAGUUUAUUUCUGUGCUAUGUUAUGCCCUUAUUUAAUUCUACUUUUUUAUGUACAGCACAACUCAUGAAAAAUACUGGCACCAUUUUUGCAAAUGAAAUAAACCCCAAUAGAGCCAAAGCGUUGCUUGGAAAUUGUCAUCGUAUGGGUGUGACAAAUACUGUCAUCUGCACAGAAAAUGGGCGGAAAUUUCCAAAUAUUAUGUCCAACUUCGAUCGAGUCCUCGUAGACGCACCGUGUUCUGGAACUGGUAUAAUUGCCAAAGAUCCUUCUGUGAAAACCACCAAGAAUAAUGACGAAAUUCGGAAGUGUGUAGAAUUGCAGAAAAGGUUACUUGUAGCUGCUAUUGAUUCCUGCAAAGUUGGGGGUUACGUAGUCUACUCCACAUGCUCCAUAUUGGUUCUGUAGAGAGUAGACAAAGUCUCUUAUUGUUCGAUAUUAUGAAUAUAUGGGAGAAUAACAUAAUGACUAAUUUUAUGGAUCGUCACACAAAACGCGAGUUAGAAACAAAAAAGUUGAAGCAGCAAGUCACUUUUUGGAAUUUUUAAUCCUCAUUUAGUCUGCGCACAAAUUUUUUAGUAUUGAGUACGGAAAUUGAAACAUUGGUAACCAAACAAAACAAGUGUUAUUAGUUUGUAUGUAAUAAAUAUGACAGUUUAGUAAAAGAAAAACAUGGCCUCAUUUCGAUAACCUGCCUCUUAAUAGGGAUGCAUGCUUCACUCCCGUGUUAACCAGGCUGGUAAUCACUAGAUUAUUCACUUUUUUACUUGAACAAACGUCCUAUCUAACCGAGACUUGAUUUCCUUUAUCAAAAGCUAAUUGGAAAAAACGGCUGAUCAAGAUAUAUUUCAAUACGUCAAAUUAGAGCGUUGAAGAUUGGGCUUAUUGGUGAUCCCCGCUGAAAUACAAGUAGACCAGCUUAAAGCUUUUUUUCCGAGGUAAAAAGAAACGUUAAAUAAAAUAUAGCACAAAUGUAAAUGCUAUCCGUUCGAGCUAUUGAAAAGACGUGUAAAGGGAACAAAUAAAAAUAUUGGUAGUUAGUGAUUAUAUCCGCCGUGCCUUUAUUCGAGUAUAAAUUAAACUAGCGCACUCAGUCUCAAAGGUAUGGGUAUUUUUCGCCACAUUCAAUGUUUUUACUGCUUUCGAGUGACAGUCAUACUUAAAACACAAACACACGACAGCGUGAGUUAUUGCGAUAUAAAAAAUAUGGAUAAAAAACCGGUCAAGAUGAUAGUGAGAAAAACCAAACUUUGCAUAAUUCAGUUCGAAAGCAGACAAAUUUGAAGAACAAAGAUUCGGAAACAAUAGUUAGGGCGCUGACUGUAAUUGGACAUUUUGUACCUAUCAACAUGGCUUAAUCUGAUAGUGAACUGAUAUAUUGAUUUGAAAACUCCUAGUUUCUCUAAUAUCUUACCUACUCCAGGAAACGUGCUUCGACGAUGUCGGUUGGACAUGAAUAACAUUGUCCCGGUCACUCCAGUCAGAGAUUUAGUCUCGUAUAGUGCUCAUUCCAAAGGUCAUUGAAUGAAGCACUUCGCAAGUUACUCCAGCCCAUCUACUAAGUCACUGUUCGACAAUAACAUACAAGUAGACAUUCAAAGUACGAAAUAUUUUCGUACAUAAACUUCAUGUUUAAAUAUAAUUAUGUUUCCUGUUUUACAUUAAAAGUAUUGACAUUAUUAUCUUUUUGUUUCAAUUUAACAAGGUAGAAGAGAAUGAGAAUGUUGUAAACUUUGCAUUAAGACGAAGAAAGGUACGUCUAGAGGAAACGAAACUGUUUGGGGAGAAGGGUUUCACUGCGUAGAUUCAAAGGCUAUCAGUUCCAUCCACAUAUGGCACGCGUUCGACGUUUUUAUCCACACAAGCACAAUGUCGAUGGAUUUUUCGUGGCGAAAAUGAAGAAAUUAGCGGCGGCUACUAAGGAGAAAAAAGUUUCUUAAGACCGGAUAUAUCUAGAUGAAGCACCAGGACUACCAAGCCUUCAUCCUUGUUUGUGAAUAAACAACUUAACCUAACUUCAGCCCUUACUUCUUCAUAACUCAGCGCACGACGGAUCUCAGGCGUCUUAUUUAGUGUGUGCAGAUUCCUGGCCGUAACAAUAUGGUUCUAAGAUAGUUAACGAUGUCAGAAACCCAGAUGGCUGGCCUUCUGUACCUCUUGCUAAUAUACCAGACCACAAGGGCUGAUGAG